GUCAAAGGAGAGUCCGCGCUCCCUCACCUUACACCAGGAAUAAUUACUCUCCUACAACAUUUACAAUGUAGCAACGCUGCGCUCAGUAUAAUAAUAUUUUUUGUCAUGCAUGGGGGCAAACAUUAAUAAAUUAGCCGGGUGCUUAGAAGAUUGUAUUGAGAUACAGAGUUAGCAGACGAAGAUCAGAGGCCGAUGGAAAGAUGGCCGACUCGAUGAAAUAUGUAAAGUUAAAGCGAAGUGAAACGUGUGGUUUUGGGUUUUCUAUCCUUGGAGGAGCUGGCUCUGAACUCCCGCCAAUCAUAUAUGACAUCAUUGAAGGCUCCCCAGCAGCAAACUCGUGUCAGCUGGCUCCAGGUGACAUCAUAUGGGAAGUCAAUGGGCAAGAGGUUAACACAUUCACUACAAAGGAAGUUCUCAAUUGUCUUCGUUUAUCAACUUCAGAAGUGACACUCAAAUUAAAAACUGAUGUUGGAAUUCAGCAGCGUGUGCAGCAGUACCUAGCGACACCAAACAAUCCUGAUGUAUUACGAACAGCAAUCACUCAGGAUGACCUGCAAGGUAUAAAACACAUUAAGGCAAAAAAAUCUUCCAGCAGAACACCACCUGAACAGUCCUCAUCAUCACCACCUUCCCUUCCAAGUCCUACACUCUCUGAUGCCUCUGACAGAACAUCUAUCAGUCAUGGGUCAAACCAUACAACUUCGGAGAAUGGUUUGCAUUUAAAAGAUAGAACAACAACAGAAAAUGAGCGAAACAAGCAGAAGAAACCCAGAAGUGAAGCAUACUUGAUGACAGGUGACCUUAUCUUGAAUCUCUCACGGACUUCCCAUGAUCCCAGUUGGCUACCUCAGCAGAAAACUGUUGACGAUUUGCGAAAGUCAGGUAGCGCCAGUGUUCCAACAAGUCCUAAUGAAACAGACAUUUGUGGUAGCAGGUUAGCCAAACAUGAAGUGGGAAGUCCGCAGAGUUUGUGUUCGCCUGUGUCUGUUGAUAGUAAUGCUAGUGGUGUGCAAUUUACUUACCCCCCAACCAGCACUUCCGUGAGAAUCUCCAAAUCGGAAGAUCACUUGCAAUACCAGAAGGAUAAUAUGUGUGCAGUUAACAUAGAGCUUGAUGAUGAUGUGACGUCUUCACUAAACACUCUUCUAGAUACCUGUGAUGAUCAUAGUACUUCCCCUGUUCCUCAUGAGGACCGCCGUAUUGUAUGGACUUUUAAUGCCCCAACUUCCCCUGACAGUGUUCACUCGAGUCAUGAUUCUGACAGUCCUCUGAUCAGAUCUCCCUCCCCUACCUCUCCCCAAUCUCCUACAUCCUCCAUGCAGUAUUCAUGUAGUGGAGUGUAUGAUAAAAUGUGUAGUGGGCGUGAUUCGCUUGGCAGCUCUAACAGAUCUGAGAAUGUGUGCUCUAACAGCUCUAGCCUAACUAGUCCGGACACAGAUGUGCCUGAUGAACUUGAGUGGGAUGAUACGACACCAACUUUACACCUCCCUUCAUCUUAUGUGAAUAGUUUUGGUACCAAAGAUUUUCUUCCCAACGGUCAUAAUAUGGGUGGUGUAAUGACAUCUGAGAAUAGAGGGUUAGUCUCUGAUAAAAGCAAAGUAAAAAAACAGGAUGAAAAUCGAAUUGUGAUUAAAGUGGAAGGACCUGAAAAGAAUAGCCGCAGAAAACGACCCCAGCAUUUACAGAAAAGCAGUGAACCACUCUAUUCUGAUCCCCAGGACAGUAAUGAUGCUUUGCGUGAUCCUGAUAUAACCCCGACUAACACUCGCCCACCUUCCCCUGGCUCAGGCACUCUCUCCCCAGAUACCCUUGCUUACCAGGAAUUGCGUGAAUCUGAGGAUGAAAUUACAUGUCUUUCAGAAGAAGAUGGAACAGGCAAGGCUUCCAUACGAACCUCCAGCACCACCUCGCCACCUCUAAGUGAGGACGAGUCUGAUAUAGACUCACUACAUAGCUUUCACUACAGUCCCAAGGCUGUGGACAUCCCAUCUGCAGUUAGACUGGCAAAACGACUUAUUUCUCUUGAUGGCUUUAAGAAGUCUGAUGUUUCCAGACAUCUUUCCAAAAACAAUGAAUUCAGUAGAGCGGUUGCUGAGGAAUACCUUAACUACUUCGAUUUCCGAGGUGACACCUUGGAUAAGGCUCUUCGCAAGUUUUUAGACAAAUUUUGUCUAGCAGGCGAAACUCAGGAGAGAGAACGUGUCUUAGUUCAUUUCUCACAUCGAUUCUUAGAAUGUAAUCCUGGCACUUUCAAUUCACAAGAUGCUGUUCACACGUUGACUUGUGCCCUGAUGCUGCUGAACACUGACCUUCAUGGACAAAGUGUUGGGCGUAAGAUGACCUGUAAUGAAUUCAUCGAUAACCUGGCAGAUCUAAAUGAUGGAGAAAAUUUCCCCAGAGAAGUGCUCAAAUCUCUGUAUCAUGCAAUGCGCAACCAGCCAUUACAGUGGGCCACAGAUGAUGAUGGAGACACAGAAGCUGGAGGGACUAGCAAGUCUGGUGGCACAGCUGGUGACUCGCAGUCAGGUGUGGGAAGCAACCCUUUCCUAGCACCGCCCGCUGGCAACGGAAUUCAGUACAAGAAGGGAUACAUCAUGCGCAAGUGCUGCACUGAUCCUAAUGGGAAAAAAACUGCAUUUGGAAAGCGUUCAUGGAAGAUGUGGUUCUGUGUAAUUCAGGAUUUAGUGCUGUACUUGCACAAAGAUGAACAAGGAGCCAGACGUGGACCACAGCAUGCCCAGUUAGGCCAUAAUGCCAUUCGUCUGCAUCAUGCUCUUGCAACACGAGCUCAUGAUUAUGCUAAAAAGGAACAUGUCUUUCGAUUGCAGACGGCUGAUCAAGCUGAAUAUUUGCUUCAGACAAGUGAUAGCAAAGAACUUCAGGCUUGGAUAGACACCAUCAACCUGGUAGCAGCAAGCCUUUCUGCAGCUCCACUGCCUGGAGCUGUUGGUUCUCAACGCAAAUUCCAGCGGCCACUCCUUCCUUGUAGUAUCACCAAACUCAAUUUGACUGAACAAGUGGAGGACCAUACUCAGCGAUUAGCACAGCUGGAGCAGGAGCUAGAGGACCACAAGGCUCACCCUCCGGAGAAGAAUAGCAAAGCAUACUCCAUGUCAAAUUAUAGAGAAAAGGAAGCAUACCUCAUCAAGGAGGUCAAAAGAUAUCGGACGUACGUUUAUCUUCUGCGUUCCCGGCUAACUUCUCAACCACCUGGACAGCAGGGUGCAGGAGCAGGACUAGAUGUUGGGGAUCUUCCAGUGUUUGAGGCACGACCGACUGGGGAGGGGGCUGAAGGGGGGGAUCGCGGGGGCCGUGUUGUUCCGCCACCCAUCCCUGAGAGGGCGCGGCCAGGUGACAGCCCCCCUCCAACAGUCAAGCUUCCUAGCGACCCUAUUGUGGAGAUGGAGGCUUCUGCCAAUGCUGAUGAUAGUGAUCAAAACAGUGAUGAGCUCAAACAAGAUCAUGCACAGUUAAACAAGGAUGAAAAUGAAGGUAAGGAAGACAAUUUAGAUGAGGAGGAUGGGAAGAGCAACAAGGAUACACUAAGGAAAAAAAGCAAGGAAGAUAAGGAAAAGAGAAAGAUAGAAAAAGAAACAGAGAAAUUCUUGAAGGAAUUGGAAAGAAAAGAAAAAGAGGCGGAUAAAAAGGAAAAAACACGAGAGAAAAAGUUAAAAAGCCAAGAAAGGAAAGAAAAAGUUAAAGAAAAAAAAGAUCAAGAUAGACUGGAGAAAAAGGAGAAAGAUAAGCAAGCAAAAGAUGAGACCAAAUCAAAAGACAAGGACAAGAAGGUUAAAGAAGAUCAGAAUAUAACAGAAGCUGAAUGUACUCUAAAGGAAAGUAUGAAGAUUGCAUCAGAGCCAGAUAAAAAAGUGAAAAGCAGAAUUGAAGACAAGGAUUUGGAAGAUGACCCUAGGAUUGGCACAUGGAACAGGCUUUCUGCCCUCUUCAAGUUCAGUAAAUUGAACAGCAGGAGUUACAAGUGUGAAGACGAAGAUACUAGUGGACAGGGUAAAGAGUGGCAGGCUUCCUUGGACCCUGAAGCUCCACCUCUUCCCCCAAAGCCUUUACCAAAUUCCCCAAUUAUGAAGAAUAUAGGGACAAGAGUAGAUAUAUAGACAUAAAAUACUAUGCAUUUAAUAUAUAGCAUUUUUGUACUUGAUAUUUAUUAGAUUUUCUGCAUGGGAUCUCUCAGUAACUUCCUAAGCUAAUCUGUGGUAUUGUACCACCAAACCUUAGCCCAAUACACCAGGUCUCAGAGACUCAUUCAUCACACAUUAGGAGCUAGAAAUAGAAUCUGGCUCACUACACAAGCAAAGGCAACAGGGAAUCAGAGAUCAGCCAUAACAACUGAGAAAACCUUCACCAGACAGCAUAGGCAUAACAAAACAAGUGACUGCUUGAUGGAAAUUAAGCAUCCCUUGGAAACAUAGUAAAUGAUUAUUGCAGUGGGGUAAAUAUCCAAACUGUGAUGCGCAUAUGACCAGUAUUAGAUGGCAGUCCAAGUCAACUGAGGACUCGUCCAGUUUUUUCCUCUUACUUCUCCAUCUCGUAUAGCCAGCCCAACACCUUUAAUCUGUGUUGGACCUUAUGUCAGCUUCUCGGUUUUAACUAAGUAGUGUUAGUUUCCUUGUAACAAUACGUUCAGGCGGGGAACAUUGCUUUGUUUAUUAUUAUUCCUCGUGACAGUUUAUGCCACCCACAAUGCAUUUGCCCUAGUAUUGCAUUUUUCUUCCUUGGGGUCAGCUUUCAUUUACCCACACCUCACUCAAGAUAAGUGUUCUGAGGGGUUGCAAGCUCCUACCUCUAUCUUCUAUGUGCUAGCUCUUCUCAAAUCACCUUGUUUCCUAGACGUGUAUGAUAUUUAUUCUUCCCAGUUAAUGGAGAGGAGAUGAUUUUGUCAAAUUUGAAAAAAAUACAACUUUUUGAUUGUGUAAUUGUACAUGAGAAGAUUUGCUCAUCACACUGGCUUGCCGUGCUUAUCUAUGGGUCACUCAUUAUGUUGCAUUUAUGAUUUCUGGUGAGUUUUUCUCCUGUUUUAUGAUUGUGAUUUCUGCUCUCCUGUUCCUUUCACCUCAUAAAGUGAACCAGAUUCUAGUCCUGUCUUUGGGUUGGUGAGAGGUUGGGUCUCAAAAACAUGGUAUGUAGAGCUAAGGCUGGCUGGUGGCAAAGAUAAGCUUAGAGGGCUAAUGGCACCCCACCAGAAUAGGGUGUUUAAUUUCUUUUGACAUUUUUUUCCUUUGGUUGAUCUAUGCUUUUCUUUGAUAUUUUCUCACCCUUUUAUUCUUAAAUUUGGAUGCAUUUCACAUGUGUACAUAGUGUCGUGUUAAUAUAGGAGUGUAUCUCAUCACUAGAGUGUCAUAAAUAAUGAUUUAGUGUCAGAAUAUUGAUAAAAUAUAAUAUUGUUAUAUAAAAAAUUAAUAAGUAUAAUGUACUGUACAGUAUAUAUAUUAUUUAUAAAUUAUUAAGCCAUUUUUCUUUUAAUGUACUAGUGAAUCAUAUUGUAUAUCCAUUCCUCAAAGUAACUGCAAUUCUCUUGGUAGUCAGCAUUGUUUAAGUUAUUUCAGGGAGGGCCUCCUCAGUAGCUUCCAAUUUUACUACCUUUGGCUUCCCUUCAAAGAAGCUAAGGAUAGCCCGUGAAUCAGAGAUCACCAUAGUAUUAGGAAAAUCUCACUAGGAAGCAAACAAGCACGCUGGCCUGCUGCAUGUGCUCCAGUUGGUGGUAAUUUCUUGAUUUGGUGUACCAGAAAGGCCUCCCUGUAUCCCUGUAAGCGAGCCUGGGUGCAGGAGCAUGGUUCAAUAUUGGGUCUCGAAUGGGUCUUUGUAUGCCAGGUGUGUCCUUGCCAAAUUUACCUAGUAACUGUUUUACAACUUGAAAACUAAAUGAACGGAAAUAUGGUUUUCUACAUGUUUUCACAAGAUACAUGUUGUAACUGUUCAGCAUUGUUAUGUCAAUAAGGUGGAAAAUCAUUUUCUUUGUCCACUUCACUGUUUUCCGUACACACUCUACAGCACCCACCAUCAUGUCACAUUUAUCAACUAAACGCAUGUUGAUGUUGUAGUCCAUCACACAAUCUGGCUUAUAUAUUAUUUGCUUUGUUGUUCUUUUCACCUUGCCACUGUCCACCAUUGAACCAAGCUGAAUGGUGAUCAGCAUGUUCACUUCACAUCUGUCUUUCCAUCGCACUGAAAGUAUUGCACCACUUUUCUUACCUCGCAAUCACCUACUUGCAUAGCAUUGUCAAACACAGGCAUUUCCCUUCAUUUUGGCUUUACUGUGCCACACACUCCAGUUUUAUUAUCAAGCAAGAAUUUGGUUAGUAAGGGACUGGUAUAAUAGUUAUCUGUGUACAAUAUGUGGCCCCUUGUUCAAAUAUGGUGCAAGCAGUGCCUUCACCACACUACCUGAGAAGCCAUAUUGGUCAUUAGCAGGAAUGUUUACAUUUGUAGUGGAAUACAGUAUCAUGUGUAACACCAUUCCUGAUUCACAGUCACAGACCACAAAGAAUUUCAAUCCAAAUUGGUGGCGUUUUGAGGGAAUAUACUGCUUGAAGGCAGCACGUCCUUUGAAAAGCACAAGGGAUU